AUGGCACCAACCUUCACGAUAUACCAAGACCCCCCUGUCGCAUGCCAGUCCCGUGUGACAUCCAAACCUCUAUCCUCUCACUCUAGCUCUGCUCGCUCUUUCGGCCGCCCAGCAUCCGGUUCAACCUCCACAUUGGCACGGGAUGCUGAUAAGGAGAAUGUUGAUCCGGUUACUGAACAAGAAGCCGACAACUCCAAGAACUCCAAGAGCAAGGAAACAUCACCAAAGCCUUCGAGCAAGCCAGCUAAAGCCUCACGGGGCGGCAACGCAGCUCCCGGUCCGGCGAAACCCGGCAAACCCGCUCGCAUUAGCCCUUACCCGGACCCGGCUAUACCCUCAUUCAUGUCUGAGUUGUCUAUCGACCUUAUCGGCUCACUUGAGCAACCAGCGCCGUGCCUGAUCACCGGUUUCAGCGCUUCUAGCCUUUCAGACUUUGCCGAGCCAGACUUUGAUCUUCAGUCGGACUUUGUCGAGCAGCCAUCACCAACCCGGCCAGCUCCGGUGGUUGGAGCUAGCGCUCUGUGGGCAUCAUUCACCUCACAAACGACUGAAGCCGAUGCCGAUCAGAAGGCGCGGGAUCUUACGGAGCUACCUUUGGCUGAUUUGAGUGAAGCAUUUGUUACUGGUCUCUCAAAUAGUACAAAAAAGGUAACCAAGCCGGCUGUAUGCAAUAGAGAUGGCCUUGUUGAUCCGUUCCUAGGUCACCUGUCAAAGCAAGGCUAUUAUGCCAACGAAUUAACGCUAUCCUUUCUUGAUGACAACAUCACUUGCCUGGCACCAACGCUACAGAUGACGCCACGCUUUGAGCGGCAGUAUGCUUUGAUAGCAGACUUCGACUCAACGUGA